GCACACGCUCGGCUCUCCCCCACCACCACCCAACACACACCGGGGAGUGGGGGUGCGGCGGCGCGCGCGAGCCCCCCGCGAGUCGAGGGGGGUCCUCGCCCUCCCCCCCCCCCCCGAGCCAGCUGGGCGGGGAGCCGGGAGAGCGCACCCCGAGCCGGCCCGGAUCACAUGGGCUGGGCGUGGGGGAGGGGGAGGCGCGGGGAGCCGGCGGGGCGGGGAGGCGGCAGCGCCCCCCGGGUCCCCCCCGCUCCUCCCCAGCUAUCCAUUCAAGUUCGCGGGCCCCUGCGCCCCGGCCGGAGGUGGCCCCCGCCGCCCGCCCUGCCUCCGCGCCCGGGUUGCCAGCCGCCGCGCGGAAAUUUAGGUCAAGGACGCCCGGGGCACACCCACACCCCGUGCUCCCCCACGGUCCUCGGGACCCCCCCUCGCACACACACACACACGAGAUCGAGGGUCCUCGGAGAUGGAGGAGACCCUCCCCGGACCGACACCGGCCACAAGUUUUAUUUUCCCUUUCCGCGCGGCAAGUUCCCUGUCUCCGGCUCCACGCACCGGCACGUCCCGCACGGCUCCCCGCCCUUCCCCGGCAGAGGAUUAGGAGACAGUGGAAUACACUCAACGCCGAAACUGUGCCGUGACCGCUGUGGGUUUCGGGACGUUUGGAAAACCUCAACACCUCCGAGGCCUUGAGUGAUCGGACUUUCAGACUCUUUGCCCCCUAAAUUGGGAUACUGCCUCUCUGACAGGAUUGAUGGGGUGGGCGGAGCAUUUGAAAUGAACAAUGUAAAAGUCCACCCCCCCCCUUUUUUUUUAAUGGCAAACUUUACAUGGAUCGUAUUUGUUAUGAAUUGUUACUGGAUACAGUUUUUAGAAGGCGCUUCAUAAAGACUCCCAACCCACAGACCAGGCUGUUUCCCAACACCCCGACCAAACUGAUUCUUGAAUCAUCUGGGGCGCCAUGUGUUAAAGAGACACGUGUUAGGAUGG